AUGUAUAUACAGACUACUCGAAGAAGAUUACUAAGGAAUGGUGUUCUUGGAAGAGUGGCGUGUUCCAGAGAUGCUUGGGCUUAUCAUAGGCGUUAUAUCCAAAUAGUCCAUAAUAAUGCAUCUAUCCCAUCUAAAGUUCUACAAAAGAAACAUAUCAACUUUGACAAAGUUGCCAGCUUAAAAUUUGACCCUUCCGAUGAUUUAACUGACUUUACUUCAUUUGGAAUUCUACCAUUUUUUCAAGAAAAGUUGAAUAAGCUAUUACUUCCUCGUCAUAAUAGCGUGACUUCGGCACCAGAUUAUAAUGUACCUCCAACGCCAGACCAAAGAACCUUAUUGUCUAUAUUAAAUUCAGAACACAGUUUGAUCCAUCGAGGAUCUUCACAGACUGGGAAAUCUUUAGCAUUACUUAUUUACGCAUUAAACCAUACACUAUCAAAAGUUCCAAACUUCGGUUCUCUAAAAAAUACAAAAUCUCAACAGUCCAUUGAUUCCAUCAUUUUAGCCCCAACAGACCUAUUAAUAGGAAAGUAUGAAUUUUACGCUAAAGAGCUUACGAAGGAUAUUCCAGAAAUGUGUUGCCCAGAUAAGUUAUUAGCGGACGCAAGUCAAAAUGAUUAUUCUGUGACAAGAAAGCCAUUAACAGUCAAAUUUUUGUAUUCAGAUGGAACUUCUAAAGAACUUUGUUCCUCUAAUAAUUCUGAAUAUUCCUCUGAUACUCCACAAAUGUUAAUUACUACACCUAGUAGGCUCUACGAAAUAAUGAAUGAAGGGAAGUCAGUGGGUAACAUAACGAAAGAAAAUUUGAAUGAAGUCCGUUUUUUUGCAAUCGAUGAAACGGAUUUUUUACUUAAUACUACAAAUAUUUCUAAUGUGAAUAAUUCAAAUUUAGUUAAGAGUGGGAAGAAAUCGAAGUAUGUCAAUAAAAUUGAGAAGGUAAUCCGUCAAUUGCAAACAUCUCAGGUGGAGUAUUAUUCUUCCAAUUUAUACCGCAGAUUGAAACACGUUGAAUAUUUACAUAGAAGUGCCAAUCAAGAAGCAUUUGCAGGCAAUAAGUUUGAUCACGCUAAGUUUAUUUUUGAAGAUAAUACAUUAUCUACUAGCAGUGUCUCUAUCAACAUUGAACAAUUAGUUAAUGGUAGUUCCACAACUGCCAAGCCCGAUGAAAGCUUGCUCAAAAAGCUAAUUAAGGUCAAGCGUAAAGUUCUUUAUAAGCCUAUUCAAUAUUGCUUCAUUUUUCAUUCAAAACACAGUUAUCAACAAAUUCUAUUACAGCUAUCUAACAAGAAGUAUAAAAAGGCUAUAGAUGAAUCUAUAAUGAAAGAACUUCAAAAAAUACACAACUCAAGAAGUGAUGACAAAUUACAACAAGAGUAUAGCAAAUUUUUAUUGGAGAAAGCAACAAGAAAUGACCAAAAACAAGAAGAUUCUCAAGUCAAUUUUAUUGAAAAGCUAAUUCGUUUUGACGAUUCUAAAAGAUUUUAUAGAAAACAAGAAAGAAAAAUUGUAUCUGUUGGGUCGUUUAAUCUUGAUAACACAACUCUUAAUGUCUCAAAUGAAAAUUCUGGAAACAAGCUCAGUUGUCCAACCGACAAGGUUCAAACAUAUUUUAUUGAAGCAAGAAAUAAAAGAAGGAAUCAUAAGGAAAUAAUGUUGCGAGAUGUCGAAAUUGCUAAGAAUUUACCUGAAAAAGAGAAUAUACUUGCAGUAUUAGAGAAAGAUGUUGAAAAUUCAGGGAAUAACAUCAAAAAUCUUACGAAGGAUUUCUUGAAGUACAGAAUAUUAUCCACAUCUACCUUAUCAAAGACAGACAGAAUUAAUAAUCAGUUAUGCGUUACUGAAAUAGCAAGAGAAACGAUUCUGAAAUUUAGGAUAGAAUAUCCACUUGAUACUAAUCCUAUAUUGAUCGUGGUACCGCCUUUUAUUGACGUGGGAUUACUUUCAAAUGAAUUGAAUAAAGAUAAAUUAUCUCACGAUAAAUUUACAAACCUUAAUUCCAAUGAAUUUACCACCGUUAGUGAAGAUACUACACCAGGCUUUGACUACCUAGCUUUACAAAACUAUUUUUUAAAACAGUCACCAAAAGAGCACGAUUUUAGGACUAAUAUUAUUGUCUAUCCGUAUCAGUUGAUUGGACAAAAUAUUAGUGGCUUAACAAAUUUAAUAGUAAUUGGAAUGGAAUCAUUGUUACCUCAACUUGCCUUCGGUUCGAAGGAUAUGGCUACCAAUGAUAUUGCUGGGAUUGAAGAUCCUAUAAGUGACUUAUCAUCUUUUUAUUUAUCUAAAAUGCCUUCGCUGUCGAAUUCUAAAGUAAGGAAUUUAUUGUUUGUGCUAAAUGCUUGUAAUAGGAAUAAUAGUAAAUGUUUCCAAUCUAGAAUAUCAAACGAUUUCCGGCGAUUAAGUCAAAUCAUACUCUAUAAUGAGCUACAUGAAAGGAUACAGUUAACUAAAAUAUGUGAAGAACAACCAGCUUUUACUGAACUUGCUUAUGGUAUUGAUAAAUCAUUCUAUCAAAGAAUACGGAAUGAUAUAAACAAGCAUGUAUAUAAAUAG